GCAGGCACAUGGAUUCCAGCCCCGAGAGGUGCGGCUGAUGCGGAAUAAAGCUUCAGGCAUGGAGGGAGGAUUUUCAACUCACCAAUCAAGUAUUGUGGUCAGUUUCAGUGGAUCCUAAGUUAUGCAGGCCUCCAUUAAGGAAAGUAGUUACCAACCAAUUGGGGUGGCAUUGGAAAGUAAAAGGAAAGCAUGAGAUCCCUUAAGUCUGUUCCAAGAGAAAUGGUCAGACUGUGUACAGUCUGCAUCUUAGGACUGUUUUUUGAGUAAAGUUAUAACCAAGCAGGUAAGUUUGCUCCUUCUUUCCAGGGUUACUCCCUGCAUAUCACACACACUUGCAGCCUAUGAGUCAUGGUUGUGUACCUUUUUCUUUUUAAAAGCAAGGUGUGUAUGUGACUAUAGUCCUCUGUAUCUGCCCUCUGUUAUACCAGGCCUGAAAAGGGCUGGUUGGUACUACAAGAUGGAGGGUACAGAAAGGCACCCUGCUUCCAUGGGCAGCCAAAGGCUGAGAGAAGCAAAGACACAUUGCAACACAUUACAUAAAUGGGAAAACCCAUUUUUACAAGGGCAGAGUCUGCAAACCUUGAGAAUAAAAUUCCCUGGAGAGUUGUAACCUCUUGAGAGCUGUCCACAGCAGCUUGCUCUUGUGUAUAUUGGUUCAAUUCUUUUAAAAAAUCAUCUGUCAUAUUAGAAUAGGAAACCUGUUCAUAGACUUCCAACAUUGUGCUUAGUUACGGUAUUGCUAAGGGGAAAAGUGGGGAAGAGGUUAAUCACUGCCAUAUUAGUUGGUUGGAUUCAGCACAUCUUUUCUGGGUUUGUAUGAACCUUCUUCCAAUAUAGGCACAUGUUGUUACUGGUGUUUAUGUAGCUCAUUCUUCUUCACAACAGCUCUAAGAGAUCUCUAUUAUUUCUGUUGUCUAAAUGGGGAAAUGAGGCUAAAUGUCUGGCCCAAAGUCAUUCAGUGAGUCUUGAGGCAGAACUGGGAUUUGAACCCAAAUCUUCUAAGUUCAAGUCCAACAGAUCACAGCUGUGUGUAUCUUGAAGAUGCCAUUGCUGCUGGGUCCCUUGUGCUAGUGCCCUCUGUGGUGGGUGUUUUUUGGUGCUCCUUCCAAAAUGAGCAGGCACUUCACCUUUCCGAAUGAUAGCACAAGUGCCCUAGUGUGGUAUUAAGAAGGAACCUCCUGCACAGAUGCUUUGCCACAACUGUGGCGUACACUUAAGGAAAAAGUGGUAGAUGGCUAAUGGAAAAAGAUAGCGUUAGUGGAAGCAGUAGGAAUAGAUCUGCUUGGAGCCAUCACUCUCUGUUAAACUUUUCGCCAUUUGGAGGUAUUAUAAGUUGGCUGAUAAAGGCACAGGACUGAAAGUUGUGACUUCACAGAUCUGUUCCCAGCUUGGGGUGAGGGAAGGGGAGAAAUACUUGGAGGUUUGAGUAGAGGUGAGUGGCAAUUGUACAUCAGAAACAUUCCUUGCUUAGGAUGAUCAGAAGAGCAAGCAACUCCCUUUUUGUGGUCAGCAUCUGAGUCUGCACCAUCCCACUUUACACCUAGGGUGCCCUUUCUGUGCCUUUCCACUCUUCCCUGUUUCUCCCCCGCAUCCUGCCCUUGCCCCAAUUGGUACAGCGACAGGGAUGCGUGAUGUUGGCUGGAUCUGUUGACUAACACACUGCGUCUGUAUCUGAAUGCUGUCCUCCAGGUCAGAGCCGGGGCUUCGCCUUCGUCGAGUUUAAUCACUUGCAGGACGCUACACGAUGGAUGGAAGCCAAUCAGGUUGCUUUGCUGCACUUGAAACCCACAAGUACUGCUACUGUUAAUGACCAAUCCAAACACCUGGUUCAUAUGAAAAGCCCCAGCCGCUUUCCCCAUAGGAAAUUACUGAAGGGAAUGGGGAAGAGGAGUUAGGUCUGAAUCAGAUAUCUCUAGUCUCAGGAAUCAAACAGAGAAUUUGACUUUUUGGGACCACCCAAGUCCCAAGAAGUGGGGUUCUGGUGUCUUAGAAUAGGGACACAAAAAGUCAGGACUUCUGAGUGGUAUUAAUAACCCAGGAAGUGGGUUAGCCUCUGGAUUUAAUUUCCACAUUGGGGAGAAGGUGGUCUAGCAAGUUGAGCAGGGGAACUAAGGAUCUAGGCUAUGAUCCACGGUAGUGGGGGCUGGAGGAGUUCCUGGUAGUAAGGAAAGGGUUUGGGGAGUUAGGACUCCUGUGUGCUCUUUCUGCUCUGGAUAUAUGCAUGAUCCUGAGUGUGAUACAGGCUCCAGUCUCAAUGGGUAUCUGUCAGAGAUGAUGCUGAUGCUGCGUGUGCGUUCUCUCCCAGUGCAGUCAGGGUUCAAGAUAGGAAGCUUUCCUGGGAGGCCUUAUCUCCUUCCUCACAGCAGUCUCUGUCUUGACAGCCCAUCUGUGCGAGACCCCUUGUUUCUAUCCAGCACUGUAGGAUCACAGUAAAGGUGUGAAGGGCCACAAACCAAGCUUUUAGACCCCAAACUGUCUGUUUUGACCAGAGUUUCAAACUAUGGUCCUGUUUCCAAGCAGCCAUAAGGUUGGUGAAAAUGCACCCCUAGCCCAAUAUGUUUGGGUUUUCCAGUGUUUAUGCAGUCAUGGCAAUUGCCUCUGCCAUCGACUCCUCCUCCUCCUCUUCCUUCUGUUCUCUUGUGUUGGCAGUGUAGCCGGGCCGUGUGUGCGCAUCCCCAGUGGGAGCUGACACAGGUAGCCUUGGCAUGGCUGAGAUGAUGCACUUUGCUCCAGAUGCAGGAGGGGAUAGUGCAAAAACUGGCCUAACAGGAAGAUGUGGGCAAGGGAUUAUUUCCAGCACAGUUUCUACAAGCGUGUGAAAGUAGUAAUAUGUUACUUUGUAAGAUUGCAGCAGGUCAGAGGUAGCAUUUGUCAGAAGAAGAUUCUAGCCUAUGGGACCUUGACUUAAAAGCUCCUAGCAAAUGCUUUUAGAAAAUGGUGUGGCUUAGCUCUCUAGUUCUUAUAAAUUAUGAGUCCUGGUAAUCAUUUGAUGCCCUCACAAGGUGUUGAGAAUCACCAAUUGAGGAUAACAGUACUUUUCAGAGGCCACUUUAGAAAGAUAUGAUGAGUUGGAAGCAGUUUAGUUGUGUGUAUGAGCGAAGUAGGGUAGGAAGAUGAGUACUGAACCUCUGGGGGUGUGUAUGUAGCUUAAAACCUUAUUUUUGGUCUCCCAAAGUUUUUACCUCUUGGACAGAGUUACAACCAGAACAUUGGGUGUUCCUCCAAGCAUGCCCAUAAAUGGGAGCUGACAUAAGCACAGAAGAGAUCUGUGCUGAAUGAGGGAGUGAUCCCUAGUUAGGGGAAGGUGCCCACUGUGGGGGCACAAUGGCUUUGGGUUGGGAGGAGAGGAUGGAAAUGCAUGCUGCUAGCUUUCAGGACGGAAGCUCAAGACCAAUCAUUCUAGUGGCAUAGAGGUUAUUGUAUGGCGGUGUCUCGGAGCAUGGCUGCAUUUUCUCUGUCUGUUUCUCCUCCUCUCCAUCUUUCUUUCUGUCUCUCUCUGACACACUCUCCCUCCAUCACAGUAGCCGAACGUCCCGGUGCCUUGGGUAGAGACAGGUGCCUCUAUCGGCCAGGUUAGGUGUGUGCUAGCCAAGUAGCCAAGUUCCAAACCUCUCUCGGCCUGUGCUGCCUUCCCUCCCUCACCCUCAUCCAUUCAGCUGAAGGGUUUGAACCUCUCCUUCUUUCUGCUGUGGCAGUGAUGGGCACCUGCUCACCACUUCUGCGUUUGAGUCUCAUUGCAGCAUUUCUCUCCCUGCAGCACUCCCUCACAAUCCUUGGCCAGAAGGUCUCCAUGCACUACAGUGAUCCCAAGCCCAAGAUCAAUGAGGACUGGCUAUGCAGUAAGUGUGGAGUGCAGAAUUUCAAGCGCAGAGAGAAGUGCUUCAAGUGUGGCGUUCCCAGAUCUGAAGCUGAGCAGAAGCUGCCACCUGGUAGUCGCUUGGACCAGCUGGUGGCUCUGUCAGGAAGAGAACUCAGCCAAGGCCUUCUGCCCCUCCCACAGCCAUACCAAGUGUCAGCAGCCCUGUCCACUCAGCCUGUGGCACAAAUGUCUGAACCUUGCGCGGAGAAUGCUAAUGACACAAUCAUCUUGCGAAACCUGAAUCCUCAUAGCACAAUGGACUCCAUUUUAAGUGCCUUGGCACCAUAUGCUGUUCUCUCCUCCUCAAACGUCCGUGUUAUCAAAGAUAAGCAGACACAACUCAACCGUGGUUUUGCGUUCAUUCAGCUCUCUACCAUUGUGGAGGCAGCUCAGCUGCUGCAGAUCCUUCAGGCCCUGCAUCCACCACUGAACAUUGAUGGCAAGACGAUUAAUGUGGAAUUUGCCAAAGGUUCCAAGCGGGACAUGAGUUCAUCAGAUGGAAACCGCAUCAGUGCUGCUUCUGUAGCUAGCACUGCCAUUGCAGCUGCUCAGUGGGCCAUCUCGCAGGCAUCACAGGGUGGUGAGGCAACCUGGGCAGCUCAAGAUGAGCAGACGGUUGAUUAUGGCUAUUACCAGCAGGAUGAAGCCUAUGGGUCUCAGGGUUUGGAAGCCACAAUGUACACACAAGCAUAUUUGAAAGGGUCCCAGCUGCAGAGCGGCACAUCUGGGACAUCAGCUAUGGGGAAGGCUGACAAGAUCCACAGUGAAAGUUCAGUGGCAGUAGUGGAGGUAUCACUGGAGCCUGGUGUGCCAGGCAUAGACCCUGUGCCUGUCCUACCCACUUUCCCCCGUACCAGCCAGACCUCAGCUGUGCCAGUCACAUACCAGCCAACUGGCAGCACUGAAGGGUCAAGUUCUGCCCAGGGAAAUGCUGCUGCUGCUGCUGCUCCGUCUCAGUCAUAUACUAUCGUCUCACCAGCUGUACUGAAGCCUGACAUGCCUAGUACUGCUCAGCCCCCCAACGCAGGCAUCUCCACCAGCACUUCCAGUUUGCCUGUUACCAGCCCUGUAGGGCAAGAGCCUUACACUCAGUACCCUGUCCCAGAUGUAUCCACCUAUCAAUAUGAUGAAAGUUCUGGCUACUAUUAUGACCCCCUAACUGGCCUUUACUAUGACCCUAAUUCCCAGUACUACUACAAUGCCCAGACGCAGCAGUACCUGUAUUGGGAAGGUGAGAGACGUACUUACGUCCCAGCCUCAGACCAAGCCUCUGACAGCCACAAGGAUGGCAGUGGACCAGGGGGUGGCAGUGGCAAGGAGGGUAAAGAGAAGAAGGAGAAACAUAAAACAAAAACAGCUCAGCAGAUUGCAAAAGAUAUGGAGCGCUGGGCCCGUAGCCUCAACAAGCAGAAGGAGAACUUCAAGAACAGCUUCCAGCCAGUUUCCUCUAUACGAGAGGAUGAGAGGCGGGAGUCGGCCACAGCUGAUGCUGGCUAUGCUAUCCUCGAGAAAAAGGGGGCUUUGGCUGAGAGGCAGCACAGUGGCAUGGAUCUGUCCAAGCUGGCUGGUGAUGAUAGACUGAGUCCCCCACGAGGAUUAGUGGCUGCUUACAGCGGGGAGAGUGACAGUGAGGAGGAGCAGGAGAAGGCUGCUGACCGGGAAGAGAAACUGACAGAUUGGCACAAGCUGGCUUGCUUGCUUUGUCGGAGGCAGUUUCCCAGCAAGGAGGCACUUAUUCGUCACCAGCAACUCUCAGGAUUACACAAGCAAAAUCUGGAGAUUCAUCGGAGGGCACACUUGUCAGAACAGGAGCUUGAGGCACUUGAGAAAAACGACAUUGAGCAGAUGAAAUAUCGAGAUCGUGCAGCUGAACGAAGGGAAAAGUAUGGUGUUCCUGAGCCACCAGAACCCAAGAAAAGGAAGUAUUCAGCUGUGACACCAGCCACUGUGGAUUUUGAACAACCAACGCGGGAUGGACUUGGCAGUGACAACAUUGGCAGUCGCAUGCUACAAGCCAUGGGCUGGAAAGAGGGCAGUGGUUUGGGUCGCAAGAAACAGGGGAUCGUUGCCCCUAUUGAGGCCCAAACACGAGUGCGUGGCUCUGGCUUAGGGGCCCGUGGCAGCUCUUACGGGGCAGUAGCAUCAGAGUCCUAUCGUGAAGCAUUGCACAAGACGAUGCUGACUCGUUUCAAUGAGUCAGAAUGAGCUCUUCAAGGAGCACCCACCUGUACAGUAUUUUGCUGCUGACUGUCUCCCUUCACCCAUCCCUCACUUUCACAAAAUGUUCCUUUUGGUUGACUUUUUUUUUUUAAUUAAAUGUUGAAAUGGGCAA